AUGUCAGAUCUCAGAAUUGUAAUGGUGGGAAAAACUGGAGCUGGAAAGAGCGCAACAGGAAACACCAUCCUGGGACAAAAUUUUUUUAAAGAAGAAAUGUCUUCUGAAUCUGUGACUGGAAAAUGCCAACAAUAUCAGCAGAGGGUAGAAGGUAGAAUCAUCUCAGUGAUUGACACUCCAGGGGUGUGUGACACAUCAAUGAGAAAACAAGACCUGAAGGAUGAAAUAGUGAGAUGUGUAGAAAUGUCUCUUCCUGGUCCUCAUGCUUUUCUACUGGUCAUCAGACUGGAUGUGAGAUUCACAGACGAGGAGAAGAACACAGUGAAAUGGAUUCAGGAGAACUUUGGAGAAAAUGCUUUACAUUACACCAUCAUUCUUUUUACUAGAGGAGAUGCGUUGAAAACAUCUAUUGAGGAGUUUCUGAUGACAAACAAGCAGCUAACUGAGCUAAUCAAACAGUUUAAAGCUGGUUAUCUGGUUUUCAACAACACACAAAAAAAUCAAGCACAGGUUAGUAAGCUGUUAUGGAAGAUUGAAACAAUGGUGAAGGACAAUGGAGGAGAGCAUUACACAAAUCAGAUGUACCAGGAAGCUCAGAGGAAAAUCCGGGAAGAAGAAGAAAGGCAGAGAAAGGAGAAACAGAGAUUAAGACAUGAAGAGGAGAUCAAAAUAAGGAAGGAUGAAAAAGAUAAACUUGUCGCAACCGCUAAAAUGGGAGCCUUGGUGGGAGUAGGUGUAGGAGGAAUGAUUGGAGGUGCAGUGGCUGUGGGAACUGGAGUGGCAAUACCUGCAAUUUUAAUCACAGGAGGUGCAUCUCUUGCAGGAGGAGCAGGUGCAAAAAUGAUCGCAGAUACAAUUAGCAGAAAGCAGAGUAAAAAAUCAGCAAACAAUAAAACAGUUACUGCAACACCUUAAUCAUUAUAUGAUUUUAUGGGGUUUAAAACAGGGAUGCAAGUAUCACACAGAAGGGGUGAAGAAAUCUAAAGCAGCUUAAUACAAUAAUAGCUUUUUAUUCCAGCAUUACCUGUGGUUAGUAAAAGGGUGUGAGGAUCUAGACAAGACGAUAUUUUUAAGUCAAACUUCAAGAAAUCACUGGUAUGAUUUGUAGUGAAGUGUUCUCAAUACUGUAUAUGCUUAACUCUGUCAACUCUUUAAAAUAAAGGUUCCAAAAUGGGAUUUCAUAGCAAUCCAAUAGAAGAACCAUUUCAUUUUUUGGGAACUGUUAACAGUUCUUAAAAGAACCUUUUAUUCCCUUAUAAUAAUCUAAAGAACCUUUCCCACUGUGGACUGGAAAGGCUUCAUGGAUAUUAAAGGCUCUUUGUGGAACCAUUGAUGCUGAAGAAUCUUUAUUUUUUUUAAGACUGUCCGAAAUCCAGGACCCUAAGCUAAUCUUACAAAUAGUGUCGCAUGUUGUAUGAGCACGAUUUUUUGCCCCGAAACCAGUUAAGCACAACCUCAGACAUUUACCUCUGACAGUUUAUGCUUCAUGAAAUGAGAACAUAAAAACAUAGAUGAACCAGAACGGAACAAACUAAUGCUACAGCAUGUACCAGGAUGUGCUACUAACACUAUCAUAAAAUUAUGGUCAUGGUUUAGGUAGGGGUUAAUAUUGGUUGGGGUUAUAUAUUUUUCAGUUUUGUGGGAUGGGGUUGCACUGAACUGGUUUGGAAAACGAAAUCUUGUAGACAAAUAGCUUUGAUUUCAUUUUUUGUAUUAUAAAGUUUUUAUGCCCAGGCAUUUGUAAUGUUCUACCUAUUUUUGUAUGGCAUUGUUUUAUAUUGAUGGUUUUGUUAGUGAAUCCUUGGUUCUGAUUCUUCUGUCUAUUUUACUUUAUAUUGCUUUUGUUGAAAUAAAAAAUGCUUUGGUUCAAAAGAGAAUCCAUAAUUAUAUUAAAGCUGCAAGCAGCGUUGAAAGGGCCAUCGUACCCGGGCUCACUGCUACCUGGUGGUUUUAGGAAAACAGUGAACGGUGAGCAAUAUGCAUUUAAAGUGGUAAAUAUAGGAGGAAUAUGUCAAAGUCAAUUAUAUGUGCCAAACUUCCUGCUGCCAGCUGGUGGUGCUAUUACUGUAACUGAAUAUUGGCAUCUUCAUGUCUUCAGGCCAACAAUUUUAUCAAACAUAUGAAUUUUGGUGCAGAUUGAACAUGGUAUGUUUGAGUUAGUGUACAGCAUGACAUAUCCUGUUACCAACAGGUGGCGCUAUGGUUAUACCUCAGUA